AUGAGUGGUGACUAUUCAGCAUUUAAAGAAAGAACCAGAGAGUUUAUUGGACACAAGAAAACAUCAACACUUGAGAAACCUGAAACUCAAGCUUAUAGAAAGGAAGUAGAAAAACUAAGAGGAAACUAUCAAAAUCUAUAUGAUGCUUCAAAAAAUUGGUCUGAUUCUUUAGCAAAGGUAAAAAUUAGAUCAGAACAAUUAAAUCAUGCAUUGGAAGAUUUUGGAGAACAUCAUAUUCAUAGGGGUGGUCCAUCUUUGGCAAAAGGUGCUGAAAUCUUUGAAAAUUUACAACAUAUCCUAAACAAAAGAUAUAUUGCAACAACACAAAACUUUAUUUAUCCAAUUAAUAAUUUAUAUCUUCAUGAUGUACAUCAAUUGGUUAAACAAGAAAAAGCAGUAAAUCAUGAUAGAUUGGUAUUGGAAGAUGCUGCCACCAACGUGGCAAGAGGAUCACCCAAAAGCAUAGAUGAUAGAAAAAUCAAACAAAACAAAUUCCAAGUUGACUACAAUUCAUCAUUCCAAGAUUAUGAAAACAGAAUCGCUGACUUGCAACAUAAAACAGAGGAUGAAGUUCCUCUUCAUUUCAAGAAUUUUAUGCAAGAUUUAUAUUUGUUAUUUAAAGAAGGAAAUGAUAUUUUUAAAGAGAUGGAUAUAAAUAUUCGUCUUCCAAAGUUGGAAAAUUCUUUGGGAUUCAGUGAUUCAUUGGGUAAUGUUUCGUCACCAAGACUUAGUUCCCUAUCACUACAACAAGAAAAGGAUAAUAUCAAAAGAAUUGAUCCAAUUGGAAGUCCAAAUCAAUAA